AUGCGUCUCUUCUCCUCUCGAGCAACAUGCUGGCUAUCGUCGCUCCGAGUUCCCCAGCCCAGCACCAGCCUGCGUUCUAAUGCCGUGCGGUGGAAUUCCUCAUUCUCCGCCGACCAAUUCGCCCAGCUCGCCAGUCGCCAGUCCUCCCGGCAUCAAAUCUACCAAUCUCUCUCCACCGAUCCCUACGUGAACCUCUCCAUCGAACACUUUCUGCUGGAGCAUGCGCCCGCCGACUCGAGCAUCCUCUUCCUAUAUAUCAACCGACCGUGCGUGGUCAUCGGGCGCAAUCAGAACCCAUGGCUCGAGACCAACCUCCGAGUGCUACAUAAUGACCGCGGAACCGCGGAGCACGGAAUCCACUCCUACAACGACACCGAAGAUGCGCUCUACGUCCGACGACGGUCUGGCGGUGGUGCCGUCUUCCACGACGAGGGCAACCUCAACUACAGCGUGAUCUCCCCGCGACCGACAUUCACACGCAACAAACAUGCGGAGAUGGUCGUGCGCGCAUUGCACCGUGUCGGAGCGACCACGACCAGCGUCAAUGACCGCCACGACAUCGUCAUGUCCCUCGAUGAAGGGCAAUCCCAACCUCGAAAGAUCUCCGGCUCAGCGUUCAAGCUCACGCGACACUGCGCGCUUCACCACGGCACCUGCCUACUCGAUUCGCCCAACAUCAACUCCCUCGGUUCGUUCUUACGAUCGCCCGCACGAGACUACAUCAAGGCCAAAGGUGUGGAAAGUGUGCGAUCCCCCGUCGCCAAUGUAUCAUCCGUAUUCGCCGACGCCUCCAUCCCAUUCGGAAUCCAAGACGUGAUCGCCAAUAUCAUGUCGGAGUUUGCAGAGCUAUACCAGACCAAUCCGGAUGCUGUGCGCCGCGCGCAGCGUGCCUAUGUCCACGACGCAGAGCUAUACGCAGGAGACGACUGGGUCGUCGGAGCGGUGGGAGAAGCCCAAGGCUACGAAGAGCCCGAGAUCAAGAAAGGCAUCGACGAAUUACGAUCGCUGGAAUGGAAAUACACGCAAACGCCCCAAUUCAUCUUCUCGACUUACCCCGUGGAAGAGGACCCUCGCGAACGCCCCGCCCUUCCAUCAUCCCUACCUCCUUCUACACGUGUGUUUCUCCGCCUCAAACACGGGGCCAUCCUGGAAAGCCACAUCUCCGUCUCGUCCGAUUCCUCCGUCGGCUCGGAGCAGGCUGCCCGUCUGCAGGAGGCACUCAAGGGGCGUAAGCUUCACGAGAUCCGGCCGACCCACUGGAAGGAGAUUCUAUACGAACAGUUGGGGGCGGAAGAGGAUGCAGCUACUAUAGAGGAACUCGCUAGGUUUAUUGCGACUAAACUUGGGUGGGUCUAG